AUGAGUGAAAAGAUGAAGAAGGUUUCUGCAGAAUUAGGUUUCUGCAGACUUAUUUGCCUCUUACUGAUCUCAGGCUAUGGCGUCCAUUCUAUGUCUUAUGAUUAUUCUGCUACUACAGAGCAGUGCUUGGCAGAACCUGAGAGAGCACAGUAUGGAGGAGGCAUUAUAGUAAAUCCAGGAUUUGAUCACAACAUAGAGGGUUGGUCAGUGUUUGGAAAAGGGUCAAUCAAGGAACGAAUAUCGAAUGAAGGCAAUAGAUUUAUUGUUGCUCACAAUAGAACACAACCGUUGGAUUGUUUCUCUCAGAAGGUCCAACUUAGGAAAGGAAUGCUAUACACCUUUUCUGCUUGGUUUCAGGUCAGUGAAGGAAGUGACAUAGUGUCAGUCGUAUUUAAAACAAAAGGAAGUGAACUGGUACGAGGUGGUCAAGUGAUAGCAAAGCAUGGAUGCUGGACCCUUUUAAAAGGCGGCAUAGUUGCAAACUUUUCAAGCCCUGUUGAAAUUCUUUUUGAGAGCAAGAAUUCAGCUGUGGAAAUAUGGGCUGACAAUGUUUCCUUACAACCAUUCACUGAAAGGCAGUGGAGAGCAGAACAAGACGCCAGCAUUGAGAAGGUACGUAUGAGGAAAGUGAGAUUCCAGAUAACCAAUGAAAAUGGAACAGCACUGAAAGGAGCUACAGUCAUCCCAAACGCAGCAAAGUUGAACUUCCCAUUUGGAUGUGCAAUGAACAAUUUUAUCCUCACAAGCAAAGACUACCAGAACUGGUUUACGUCAAGAUUCAAAUUCACAACUUUCACCAAUGAGAUGAAGUGGUAUAGUACGGAGAGAACACAAGGCCAGGAAAACUACAGUACCGCAGAUGACAUGCUGAAAUUUGCCAAAGAGAAUGGCAUUUCUGUGAGAGGCCAUAACAUUUUGUGGGACGAUCCAAAAUAUCAGCCCGAAUGGGUCAAGACCCUAACACCUACAGAUUUAAAGAAAGCAGCAGCAAAAAGAAUGGAAUCUGUGGUUUCAAGAUACAAAGGGCAACUGAUUGCAUGGGAUGUGAUGAAUGAGAAUCUUCACUUCCACUUCUAUGAGGACAAACUCGGCCAGAAUGUCUCUGCAGAAGCGUAUGCAACAGCUUUCGCGCUGGAUCCACAGACAAAGAUGUUCCUGAAUGAGUUUAACACCAUUGAAUAUAGUGGGGAUCAGGAAGCCAGCCCUGCCAAAUAUUUACAGAAAAUUAAGGAGAUUCUGUCAUUUCCAGGAGUUGCUGGAAUGUCAGCAGGAAUAGGGUUGCAAGGCCAUUUUGCUAGUGGCCAGCCAAAUCUUGCUUACAUGAGGUCAGGUCUUGAUCUUCUUGCUGCAACUGGACUUCCAAUAUGGCUCACGGAAGUGACUGUGGAUCCACAACCAAGUCAGGUACUAAGAGAGGGGUACUCUCAUCCUGCUGUUGCAGGGAUUAUAAUAUUUGCUGGUCCAGAACAAGCUGGUUUCGCGCAAACUACUCUGGUGGAUCAGAAUUUCAAAAAUACUCCAGCUGGGGAUCUUGUGGACAAGCUCAUUAAGGAGUGGGGAACUGGGCCUAAGAUUGCCACAGCAGAUGGCAGAGGAAUAGUAGAGAUUUCACUGCACCAUGGAGAUUAUGAUGUAACUGUUACACAUCCUCUAAUCCACUCCCCUAUAAAGUUGAAUCUAACCAUUGGCAAGGGUAGAUCAAAGAAGGAGGCACGAACUAGCAGCUUCCGUGGCGGACACCUGCCUAUCAGAUUACUUCUAGUCGCUCUAGUGAUUGAAACUACAGAGCAAAUGAUGAAGUGUAUAGGUAAAAGAAUGGAGCUCUGGUGCUUGGAACUAUCCCAUAGGAAAGUUGCAAGUUUGUUUAUGUUGUUGUUUGCGUAUAAGCUAGAAGAAAGGAAGUACACUGGUGUAUCUGAAAUGUAG